GAAUUCUACGCCCUUAACUCUAUAUUACCCAAUGUAGCAUGCACAAAACUGACAGCUGACUUAUUCGCAGAGUCUAAUAGGAAUUGUUUAUCAGUUGUCACAUUGGACCUAAUGUUAUCAACAGGUAUUUUGGAACGGAGUACCAGAUAAAAGAUUAAAUAUGAAAGUCAAUAAUAUAUUACCCUUUGAUGACGCUCUGCUGGAUUGUGCAAUUUCAAAUCGCCAGUUGGAGCAAAUCGCUGUAGAAAUUUCCAAACGUGGCAAUGUAACUGGCCUUAAUAAAGUAGUGUGGGCAUUAAAAGCACUGACUUUAACCGACUCCACUACAUUGGGUGGCGAUGAUACGGCAGCGAAUGUGCGAAGCCUUUGUCAGCGUGCCGCCUUUCCCAUACCAGAGCAUGUCUUAUUGGAACUUGGAGUUGAUCCGGCACUUCUGCCGCAUAUACACACUGCUGCCGUAUGUGUCUAUCCAGCACGUGUCGCUGAUGCUGCCGCCAAAUUGAAGCAAUUAAAUAAGUAUAAUGACAUACCAAUAGCAUCUGUAGCAACAGGUUUUCCAGCUGGUCAGUAUGGCUUGGACUCACGAUUGAACGAAAUCCAAUUUGCUAUUGACUCAGGUGCUACCGAAAUUGACAUCGUCAUCAAUCGUCAAUUGGCACUUGUGGGUGAUUGGAGAGGUGUUUAUAGUGAAGUUUGCGAAAUGCGAAAAGCUUGCGGCACAAAAGCACAUUUGAAAACCAUACUGGCUAUCGGCGAACUUGGCAAUAUGGAGAAUGUUUACAAGGCGUCAAUGGCAUGUAUGCUAGCCGGUGCUGAUUUUAUAAAAACAUCUACUGGAAAGGAAACGGUUAACGCAACUCUGCCAGCUGGUUUAGCUAUGAUAUAUGCCAUACAGGAAUUCGAACGCCGAAUGGGCAUUCUAGUUGGCCUAAAACCAGCCGGUGGUGUACGCACUGUACCCGAUGCGAUUGCAUGGCUGACACUCGUGAAGGAAACCUUAGGUCCACGUUGGUUGCAACCCAGUCUUUUCCGCUUUGGUGCAUCUGGUUUAUUAGAUAAAAUAGUAGAAGCUGUUAAUGGACAUGUUAACAAUUCGCAAGCUGGAAGUACAAGUAACGCCAACACUGCCUCUUAUUAAAUCAAUAUACAAUAGGUAUCUGUGACGAUUCUAACAUUCCUUUUAAUAAACCUUUUAUUAUUGAGCCUUUUUAUAAAAAAAAAAAAACCUUAAACAUUUGCAUAACGAA